AUGUCUGAUAUUCCUCUUGUAAAAUCAAUGUUGGAAUGGAAAUUAGGCAUUGAAAGACCAUCAUUAGCAUAUGCAGCAAAAGCCACUUCCAGGCAGCCAAUAUUCGCAGUAGAUAUUCCAUAUCCACUACUGAAAUUAUGGCAAGAAUAUAUGGUUAUCCAGAGUUCAAGAAAGCAGACGACUGAAGAUGAUACAGCUGAGGAUUGUUGCCCAAAUAAGGAUCCACCACAAUUUGAUUAUGCUGAUCUCUUUGAAUUUUCUAUACCUGGAAAUGUCUUUGCCAUCACAAAUGAUAAAUGUAUCAGACAUGAAGUCAAUGAAUCCCUCCGAAAGAUUGUUGGAAAGGCGAAAUCGGCAUACAACAGUGCAAAGGGAGGGAGGAAAAGAAUGGAAUUAGAUGCUAGUUCUAAAAGAUUUCAUGUAUUUGAGGGAAUGGUAAUUUCAGUCAAGGAUCUGCAAAAAGAAAAUGAGGCGGCCUCUGAUCAGCUUGAGAAAUGGCGGCAAAGUUACCAAAAUCUCAAAGAAGAAAAAGAGAAGUUGUAUACAGAGAUGGUUACUGCGCUUAACGAUAAAGAUGAAGAGAUCAGAAAUCUUCACAAUGUAAACAAGGAACUUCUUGAUUACAUUAAUUGUCUUGAAAAUAAACAAACUUUUCAAAAUAAGGGCAAGGAUGUGGCCAAUGUUGCAAAAAAGUCAAGAACACUUAAUACAUUUAUGUCACGUGCUAAAAUUGCACUCUGGUUCAUGAAAUCAUUUGGCCUAGAAUUGAAAGAAAUCAAAGCUAUGGAACAACAGACAGGAAUAUUCCAUAAUCUUUAUGUUGACGACAAUACCAGUAAUUCAACUGAUGGCAGCAAAGGUUUUGACAGUUUGACUGAUUAUGACAAAGAAAAAAUUGAACAAGUUUUGUUUCUCCUGGAUAAAUUUUGUGUUGGUGAUUCAUUCUACCAUGAACUGACUAUGAUUGUUGAUGGUCUUCCCAAAUCUUACCUGGUUAAACAGAGGAGAGGGCAGCUGAAUGAUAUCAGUGAGGUGAUCCCAACCCCCGGUGAAGCAGAUGGUGCCCAGUUAUCUUUUACGGAUUUGUUGAAAUCACGAAUUCAAGAUGUUGUGAAUGAAAAUGACCUAAUGGAUUGGAGUAAAGAGAAAAUACAGAUAAAAAUUUCUGGUGAUGGGGCAAAAAUGACAAGGAAGUCAAGUUUCAUCUUGCUUUCCUUUUCAUUACUUCAAGGCCAAAAUAGUGUAAUGUCGGCAAGUGGAAAUCAUACAUUUGCAGUUGUCAAGGGAUCGGAAAGUUAUGAAACUCUCAAUGACUCGUUUGGAGCAGUUUUCCAGGAGAUAAAUGAUUUAAUUGAAGUGAGUGAAAUAACAAUUAAUAAUUCAAAAUUUGAUCUUGAAUUCUUCCUUGGAGGGGAUUACAAAUUCCUUUUGAUAAUGUUGGGAAUGAAAUCAGCAACUUCAAAUUUUGCUUGUGUAUGGUGCAAGGUAAAAAAGGAAAACCGGUGGCUAAUGGACAAAGAUUUAAAUUGUUAUAACUCUCCUCCACUCAGGCGCACGCUGCAAGAAAUAAUUGACAUGGCAAAUAAAGAGGGAACUCAAGGCAAGUACUCUUGUGUGCAUGAGCCGCUAAUUAAGAUUGAUUUAGACCAUGUUGUUUUGGAUGAGCUUCAUUUGUUACUUAGAGUAAUGGAUGUCUUAUUGAACAACAUAAUUCAGGAAAUGAUUUCCUGGGACAAAAAAGAAAAUUUUAACAAAAAAAAGUGUGAAAAAAAAAUACAAGAUUAG